AGAGACCUGGACAGCUCGGACGAGAUCUUGAAAGAUGUGAGAAAGAUGUAAGGAACGUUUGCUCUGAUUCUCCUGAAGAAAACCUGCAGCCGUUUAAAGACAAGAUGGAGGCUUUUGUUCUCAGGGCACGUAAAGAACACGCGGAGGCGUCUUAUCAGUUGAUGACUGUACAAAAAAGUUUUCAGGACUUGACUCUGUACUUUGGACUGAAGCCUAAGUCAGGAGAGAAGGAGGUGACGGCCGGGCAUCUCUUCAUGCUCUGGUUUGAGUUUUGUGCCGACUUCAAAACCAGGUGGAAGAGGGAGAACAAGAACAUCUCAAAUGAAAGAUUAAAAGAGGCUCAGCUGUCAGUGAAGAGGAUCACAUCGGAGAAGAAGGUGGAGACCAGAAAGAUCAACCCCAACAGUCUGAAAGAGAGACUGCGUCAGAAAGAAUCCAACAUCUCCUCGGUUUAAGAGAGAAGAAACAUAAAGCUGACUGAUCCGGAUCAAUAAAACCAUCUUGGGUUGGACUGGAAAUGGACCAUGAUACCAAAUGAACAGUUUAUUCAUUCAAACAAGAUAAAUGAAUGGGUUUAAACAAUGUUUUGUCACUUUUACCUAAAGAAAUCUAUCAGUUUUGUUAAAUAUUUGCCACCCGAAAUGAACUUUGAUUUGACAGAUUUUAACGUGCAAUAUUUAGAGUGUAAUAUUAUAAACCAUAGUGCUAUAUUUAUAUUUGUCUAUUGAACUUUCUAAGCCAAUGAUUUGCAUCUCUAAUCCUCAUUUUUCUACGAAUAAAAUCACUGAUUAGAAAA